UUAUUUUGAUUAAGAUUAGUAUUUUCACUAUUAAGUUGUUCAUACAAACUUGCUGAAAAAUUAUUUUGGUUAUGUAAAUGAGUUAUCAAAGUUUUGGUCAGAGUUUAUCUUCCAAAGUAUCUUUAUCAAUCACUUGUAAUGGGUUGCUCAAUAAAGAUAUAACUUCAAAAUCAGAUCCUAUUGUACAGGUGUUGAUGCAGACUCCAUUAGGUGCAUGGAAAGAGAUAGGAAAAACUGAAUGUAUUAAGAAUACAUUAAAUCCAGAGUUCACUCAAUCAAUAGAGGUAGAUUACAAGUUUGAAGAAGUCCAGAAGAUAAAAUUUGCAGUCUAUGAUGUUGAUAAUAGUACUGACACUCUGUAUGAUGAUGAUUUUCUAGGACAGGUUGAAGUAACUUUAGGAAAGAUAGUUUCCAUGAAAUGUGUGACAGAGAAGCUUGUUUAUAAUUCUUCUUCCAAUGCUGGAACCAUAAAGAUUACUGCUGAAGAGAUAGGCGAGUCAAAUACUGAUGUUGUAUUUCAGUUCAGUGGACAAAAGUUAGAUAACAAAGAUUUUCUCUCAAAAUCUGAUCCAUACUUGGAAUUGUUGAAAGACAAAGGCGAUGGAACAUUUAUAGUUGUUCACAGAACACCACAUAUUGACAACACAUUAAAUCCCAAGUGGAAGCCGUUUACAAUAUCUCUCCAAAAGCUUUGUAACAACAAUUAUGAUUUGCAACUAAAAAUAUGUUGUUAUGACUACGAUGAUGAUGGUAGCCAUGAUUUAAUUGGUGAAUUUUAUACAACAAUGAAGGAAAUUUCUACUGGUGCUCAAAGACAGUUGCAAUGGGAAUGCAUAAACCCUAAAAAAAAAGCAAAAAAAAAAAGUUACAAGAACUCUGGAUUGAUUAUCUUGGAAUUAUUAAAGGUUGUAAAGAAAGCUUCGUUUCUUGAGUUUAUUAUGGGUGGAUGUCAAAUUAAUUUUACUGUAGGUAUUGAUUUUACUGCUUCUAAUGGAGAUCCAUUACACCCUUCAUCUCUUCAUUACAUUAAUCCCUCCCAAAGAAAUGAGUAUGAAAAAGCUCUUAUAGCUGUGGGAGAAGUAUGUCAAGAAUAUGAUUCAGAUAAAAUGUUUCCUGCACUUGGUUUUGGCGCUGUAAUACCUCCUAAUGGACAGGUAUCAUUUGAGUUUCCUCUUACAUUCAAUCCAUCAAAUCCUUAUUGCUUCGGUGUUGCAGGGUUAUUAACUGCAUAUCAAAAUUGUUUGCGUAAUAUUAAAUUGUAUGGGCCAACAAAUAUUGCUCCAAUAGUCAAACACAUAACAACUUUUUGUCAAAAUAUUAUUCAAAGUCAGCCUUUAUCUGCAUCAAAUUACUUUGUUCUACUAUUACUGACUGAUGGAGUUAUUUCUGACAUGGAUGCAACAGUUGCUGCCAUUGUAGAUGCAUCAUAUCUUCCUAUAUCUCUUAUUAUUGUUGGAGUAGGAAAUGCUGACUUUUCACAAAUGAAUUUUUUGGAUUGUGAUCAAGGAAAAUUACGAUCAAGUAGAGGCAAAGAAGCGCUUCGAGAUAUAGUUCAGUUUGUACCAUUUCGAGACUUUAGACAAGUACCUCCUGCUGAUCUAGCAAAAGCUGUUUUAGCAGAAAUACCUACUCAAGUGACAGAGUAUUUUGCUAUUAAAGGAAUUCAACCAGGUUUGUCUCAGCAAACUCCGCCUACUGCGCCAUUUGGAGUACAAAUGCAUGGUUUUGAGAUGAGUUUUCCUAAUAGUUUAGUAACACAAGUUUCGUUAACAAUUUCAUGUACUGGUUUACUAAAAAAAGAUAUUGCAUCACAAUCUGACCCAGUUGUUCAGGUUCUUUUGCUAGAAAAUUCUGCAACACAGUCUUGGAAAGAGCAAGGAAGAACCGAACACAUAAAAAAUUCAUCAUGUCCUGAAUUUACAAAAUCUAUUGAAGUUGAUUACAAGUUUGAAGAAGUACAGCGAAUCAAGUUUGUUGUUUAUGACAUUGACAAUUUAUCAACUACUUUAAGUGAUGAUGAUUUCCUCGGUCAAAUGGAAUGUAAUUUGGGCCAGAUUGUUUCAUCAAGAGUAUUCACAAGGGAGUUAAUUUAUGUUGGCAACUCAAACGCAGGAACAAUCAAAAUUGUUGCAGAAGAAAUUAACAAAAUGGGAGAUCAUUGUGUUACAAUGCAGUUUCAUGCAAAAAAAUUAGACAAGAAGGAUUUUUUAUCCAAGUCAGAUCCAUAUUUGGAAAUAUUAAAGGAUAAUGGAGAUGGUACAUUUUUAACUGUACAUAGAACUCCACACAUUAAUAAUACUUUGGAUCCAAAUUGGAAGCCAUUUACUUUAACUCUUCAAAAGCUUUGCAGUGGCAAUUAUGAUCUGAAAUUAAUGAUUCGCUGUUUUGAUUAUGAUGAUGAUGGAAGUCAUGAUUUGAUUGGAGAAUUUUACACGACUUUGGCAGAAAUGUGUGGUCAACCACCUCUUCAAUGGAGUUGCAUAAACCCUAAAAAACAAAAAAAGUCAAAGUCGUAUCAAAAUUCUGGUAUUAUUUACUUAGAUUCAAUCAAGGUUUUUAAAAAGCCAACUUUUCUAGAUUAUAUUUUGGGAGGAUGCCAAAUCAAUUUCACAGUUGGUGUAGAUUUUACUGCUUCUAACCUUGAUCCAUUAAAUCCUUCAUCUCUUCAUUAUAUUAAUCCCUAUCAACGAAAUGAGUAUGAGCAAGCACUUAUUGCAGUGGGAGAAGUAUGUCAAGACUAUGAUAGUGAUAAACUAUUUCCUGCACUUGGUUUUGGAGCUAAAAUACCCCCGGGAUUUAAUGUAUCUUUUGAGUUUCCAUUAAAUUUUAAUCCAAGCAACCCAUAUUGUGCAGGAAUCCAAGGAAUCCAUAUGGCAUAUCAAAAUUGUGUUAAGUCUAUUCAAUUGUACGGCCCAACUAAUGUGGCUCCUAUUAUUAAACAUGUUACGCUGUUUGCUUCAAACACAUUAAAAAACCAGGAAAACACUACCUUAGCAACAAACUACUUUGUGUUGUUGUUACUGACUGAUGGUGUCAUCUCUGAUAUGGAUGAUACUGUUUCAGCAAUAGUGGAUGCAUCAUAUCUUCCAAUAUCUCUUAUUAUUGUUGGAGUGGGAAAUGCAGACUUUUCACAAAUGAAUUUUUUGGAUUGCGAUCAAGGAAAAUUGACGACAUCUUAUGGGAAACAAGCUUUCCGCGAUAUUGUGCAGUUUGUUCCAUUUAGAGAUUUUAAACAUGCAUCACCAGCUGACCUUGCCCGAGCAGUUUUAGCUGAAGUUCCAAACCAGGUCACAGAAUAUUACGAGUUAAAAAAUAUCCAACCACAACCACCUAGGCAAUUUGUUUAUCCAACCGCAACUAUCUAGAAAAUUUGUUUACUCGCGACAAUCAAACAAUUAAAAAUCGUAAUCGAAAUUCUUUUUUAUUAUAGAAAGUUGAUUUACAACUAUUUAAGUCCAAUUUAAUGUUUUUUAUUUAUAUAUUUAUUGUAAUUUUAUAUAUUUUUUAUGUCUUGUGUUUUUCUUUAUAAUAUAAUAUUAAAGCCUCUCUUUGGAAUCCUAUUCUUAGUGGAUAAAGCUAAGCUAAACGUUUUCACGUUUUCUUAACAUAUUAAUCUUUGUGUUGUAUCACAAUGUUACUUAGGGAUUGUCCAUAAAUUACUUAACGCAAAAUUUUACAAUAAUCAAAACAAAAAAAAGAUCAAAAGUUUUCCCUCGCAGAGUCUUAAUCAAAGUAAAAAAUCAAAAUAGUCCAUUAAGUUCAAUGAAAAUCGCCGUGCAAAUAAGCCUAAUAUCUCUUACUUAUGUUUUUAAAUUAUAUUUUGCGUUGCGUAAUUUAUGGACGAUCCCUUAUUGUAACUUUGUGAUAACACCGUUUAGAGAAUUAGUCUUCAAGUUUAUUUCAUAAAUUUCUUCAAACUAAAACUACUUAUUUUUUUCUUUUAGUUCAUGUUUUACAUAAGCAUGCAUUUCAUUAAAGUACUUAUAUAUUUAGAAACUAUUUUUAGUUUUUGUAUAAAGUAUAUUAUAUAUGGAGGA